AUGGGAGAUCCUGAGCCCCAGGGCUGUGGAGCAGGCAAGCGCCAACACCAGACACACAGCAGCCACACCACCAGCUCCAGCUCAGCACUAGGUGAGCUACCAGCUGUCUCCAGCCUCCAUCUGCCAACACCUGAAGCCCCAGAACACAAAACCAGGAACCAAGCCCCUAGCCCCCAGCACAAGAAGCCUGGAACAAUGCCCUUUGGUGCCCCAGAAGAUACCCCUAGAGUCCUAAAGAAGAGACAUAGCUGCUCCUCUCCGCCCUCGGGUCCUGCCGGCACCGUGGUACGAGGGGGCGGUGCAAUUCAUCAAGAAAGGUACCCUUGGGGAGCGGAGGAAGCCGGAGAGCGGGUGCACCGAGUCUCAGCCGGGAGGAAGGCCGCCCACGGAGUCCGAGGCCUGCGGGCCACCUACCACCGCAUGCUCGACAAGGUGGAGCUGAUGCUGCCCGAAAAGCUGAGGCCCCUCUACAAACACCCGGCAGGUCCUAGAACUGUGUUUUUCUGGGCACCAAUUAUGAAAUGGGGGUUGGUUUGUGCUGGAUUGGCUGACAUGGCCCGGCCUGCAGAAAAACUCAGCACAGUACAGUCUGCUGUAUUAAUGGCUACAGGGUUAAUUUGGUCAAGAUACUUCCUUGUUAUUAUUCCUAAAAACUGGAGUGUGUUUGCUGUUAAUUUUUUUGUCGGUGCCGUAGGAGGCUCUCAGCUCUUUCGUAUAUGGAGGUAUAUACAGGAACUAAGAGCCAAGGAAGAUUUGUAA